ACGAAUGGUCCCUGCUGCCCAGCCCUCCACACUGGCUCCUGCUGCCUUCAGGGCGAUGGCCUUCCCUGCCAGGGGAUGCUGACAGGAGUGGCGGGUCCCAGGAGCUUGUGCCGGUGUCCCUAACCUUGUGCGGCAGGUCCACGGUGACUUUGCACUGCAGAGCUCUUACCCACUCCAAGAAUGCUUGUGCCAGUGCAGGCCUGAGGACCUGAGCCAGGCUGAACCCUUUAUCCCGUGUUCGAUUUUAGCAGUUCUGUGCCCAGAUGUUUGUGCUGAUGGGGUGGGGGAUUUCUGCUGUGGUACCAGUGGUGGGGUGCUUGUCCAGGCCAGGUGUGCCUGGCUUUCCAGCACAAACAGGGAAGGGUCCAGGCAAAUUGGGGUGGGGGCCAAGGCCUAGGAACAGCUCUCCUAUAGCCUGGCCAGGGUGGUGGUGCUCUGGAAACAUCUGCAGCUCCAGGGCUUGUAUGAGAUGCCCUUGGGUGGGCUGGGGUUGGUGGCAGCAGCAUGCUGGGCUCGUGCAUGUGAGGGCAGGAGCUGUUCCCGUACCUCCAUCCUGGCCUCUGGGCGUUGGCCCUGGUCACAGCAAAUGCUGCUCAAAGUUCACUGGCCCUCCUGGGCACACCUGAGCUGUACUUGCCACUGCUGGGUCCCCGAGGGCUGGGCUGUGGGCACUGGGCAUGGGGAGCAGCAGCCGGAGCAUGCGGGAGGGCAGCUCUCCCUUCUCCCCUCGUCUCACGCAGCUUUUGCAACCGUGAAAGCGCCUCCUGCAUAGGAGAGUGGUUACCUGGGGGAGGGAGCAAGGUGGCCCUGUGUGUGAGAGCCGGGUGGCCUUGGACUGGAUGAAUAUGGGGAACUGGUUCCCGCCCUGUCCAGAAGGAGGAAGGCGUCUCCCUGUCCCCAGACGAUGCGUUUUCCUCUCUCCCCCAUCUCGUGUGGCGCUGGGGCUGGUCCGUUCUGAGAAGAGCCCCUGGCUCUCUCAGCUGCUUCCCGGUGCUCCCAGCCCCGGUCCCGGCCCAGUCGGAAAGGAGAGGCGGUGGUGCUGGGCUGCAUGUGGGUAUCUGCUGUGGGUGGGAGGGAGUGUGUGGAACUGCAAAGACGAGUUUUUCCGACCUGGAAGGGUGGGUCACCGGGGGUGUUUGCAUGCUGCUGGCAGGCCCCUUGCCCAAUGGAGUAACACAUUCCUGCGAGCGUGUUGCUGCACGCAGGGCUGCUGCUUGCCAUGCUUGGCUCAGCUGCGGGCAGGCCGGCUCGCUCCGGGGGGAGAGAUGUCGUCCCCCUCCUGCUCGCUGGGGUCUGAGGGGGAGGAGGUGGAGAGCCCAGGGUGUUUCUGGGAGAAAUCCUCUCUGAUGUGGGGAGCCCGCUUACUCCAGGUUGGCUUUGUGCCAUCCUUCCUCUCCCUUCUUUUUGCCUCCUUUUACCUCCAGAAGGCACUGGUGCGGCAGAGCCACCUGCUCUCCCCUGAUCUCUGCCCAGGGUCUGUCACCAGCAGCUGGCUGGGGUGGAAAACCACUCACUUCCCUUCUCCGUUCUCCUUUCAGCAGCAAGAGAAGCUGCCUGUGAAGGGCAGGUGGAUGGGCCUGCGGAGCAAAGCUCUGGCAGCCGUGAGAGCUCUGAGGGGACUCGUGCUUGGCUUCCCAGGGUGCCCUGUCCUGCCUUCAGGAGCCUUGGCAGCCCCACGGUGUCAGGGAGCCCUGAGGGAGUCGUGCAGCCAUGGAGAUGAGGUGUGUGAGGGAGGCUGGAGAGCUGGCUUAGGGGGCACAUGGUGUCCUGGGGUUGUGGUAUUGGUGCUGCUGUAGCUGUGCAGGUAACCAACCCAUCUCUGGGGCAUGGCGGGCACAGCCAGAGCCUCACGGGGUUGGAAAACAUCUUCCACCCUCUCCUCUAGGAUGCUCCCAGCCCUGGACAGCAAUGUGAUAGCACUAUGGGUGAGAGAACCCCCGGAUGUGUUCCCUGGAGGCAGGAUGCUUUCAGCAAGCUGGAAGGCCAGGCAUCUGCUCUCCUGGGUGGGCCACGCUGACCUUCUGGCUGGCACAGCUGGCCGAGGCUGGGCUGGUGGUGGUGCCCGUGCCUGGCAUUCCCAGCCUGGUUCCAGGUCGUCUGCGUGGAGGCCAGGGGCGGCGGGGAGUGGUCCUUGGCAGGACGUCGUGUUUAGAAACUUGCAGGAAAGGGAAGCCACGAUGUCAUCUCCCGUCUGACCAGGAAGCGCAGGUUUCCUUCCCUUCGGCUCGCACAGGAGCCUGGGAAGCUGCUUCUCGGUGAGAGAGCUGGGGGUGCAGGCAGCUUGGGCACGGGGCUGGGGCAGGAUGGAGUCCUGCCGUCCCUCUGAGCGUGGCCUGGCCCGCUCUCCUGUGUGUCCCUUGCCGCUCUGUGUGAGCGCUGGCUCCCGCCAGCCUGUGUGUGCAGCUCGCGGGGCCUCGGAGCGCUCUGGGGGGCUCGCUGUCACCCUGCUGCAGCACCCCCUUCCCCACCUCCAGCCGUGCGUGAUUCACUCCCUGGCUCCUGCCUGAUGCUUCUCCAGUGGCUUUCCUUCACCCGUUCAUUACUGCUCUUGGCAGGGCCCUCGGAGCCGUCUCCAGCAGAUGCACGCGUGCAGUUGGAGAGCCGGGCACCUGAUGAGGUCAUGCCGAGCGAGAGGAGCCGGGCAGUUCAGCCCAGCCCCGCGUGGUUUGUGCUCUGACUCAGCCCUCGGCCGCCCUACCUGCUCGGGGAGUCUGGGCUGGCUGCGGUGAGGGGGAGCAGGGGGUCCCGCUCCUGGGCCGCUCCCUCCGGCCAGCUUGGCUUAAUCUCGGCAAUUCCCUCCUGGCCACUCCCUCACCAAAUGCUACUUCACCUGUUUGCUCAGCGCGGGGAGCGGAGGGGAGCGUGUCCCCUCUGGCAGAGGGAGGGGCGCCCUGUCAGCCUCAGGGGUGCCCGGGUACCCUUUGGGUGGGGAGACCCCACGUGGGGUUGCUGGGAAGGCUGGGGGGCCCUGUCUCCUGCCCUUCUCCCCACUCCUGGUUCCUUGGUGACUUGCUCUUGCAGGAAGGGCGGAUAGUGCUGGCUGUCCCCGGUGGUGCAGGGCCUGUGCUGGUGCCAGUGAGAUUCUCCUGUGCUUCCUUUGUCCACUGGUUGGAGCAGGGUAACUGGAGCCAGGACCGGUUCCUGGGGCUGCAGGUGCGGGACAGGAAAUGAUCUCAAGUGGCUUCCUUGGGAAGAGGGCUGUGGGGAGAGCUCUAUGCCCGGGAAUGGUCCCAGAUCCGUGUGCCCGGGUGCUGGGCUGGCACAGGUAGCUGCAGGUGCUUGUGCCCGUGGCCUGAUAAAGGGAGGCUGCCCCUAAUCCUGCUGGGAAUGCUGGCCGCCAGACUGCACUCUCUGCUUGGGGACAGCCAGCAGCGCUUGUGUGCUCUGGAGUAGCUCAUGUGCCCCUGGGAUGGGGAGCCACAGCAUGCGGUUUCCCCCACCUGCAGUGCCCUCGGCUUGGGCAGGCAGCCUCGGGUCUCACAGAGGGGACUUUGCUCCCUGGACUCCACCAGUAUGGCCCUUAUCUCUGGUGUGUUUGUUCUCUCUGUGGGAGAGAGGCAGCUGAAUGGCAAAGUUGAGCCUGGUGGAGGGUGGGGGGGACGGGUGAAGGGCAGGGACAUUGGCGUGGCUGGAGCCCGGGGGGCCGCGUUGACCUUCAGCCCUGCGCUAGCGUCCACUGAGCUUUGUGGCCGUGGGGACAGCUCAUGUGCCCCUUCGAGGUGGCCACUGUUCCUUGGGUGGAGCAGGGGGCUGCCCUGCAAUCCCCCCGGCUCACCUGCUCGCCUGGGGCCGCGGUGGCAGAGCCGGGGGGCUGCUGCCUCCCCCUGCCCGGGAGCCACUGGGGUGAAGCAGGAGCCCGCUGGCUUGCCGAAGCGUGGCCUGCCCCGGGAAUGCUCUGGCCCCAUUCCCAGAAUCUGGCGCUGGGUGUUUGUUUGCUGCUGCGCCCCCGAGGUCUGGUGCUACUGUGACAGGAAGCGGGGACGCCGGGGGGAGGGAGGCCGGCCGCCGGCUGGGGAUGUGCCUGUGAAAUCCCUUUGUCCCUGCCGAGCGCUCAGCUGCGAAUUCCCACAGCGAGGAGAGAGAGCCGCCUUUGUGCUGCUGCAGGGCUCCCGACAUGUGAAUCUCCUGGGCCUGGGGGUGUGAGCCGUGGGGCUGGUGCAGAGGGGCGGCGGGGACCCUGCUUGCUGCUGUCCCCAGGGCGGGGACCUUCGAGGCAGUGCCCCAUGGGAGCAGUGGGGCAGUGGGAUGCAGCAGGAUGUUGCUGGCAGGAAGGCUCCGGCCCUGUGGCCGUCCCGCUUGGGGGCUGCGGGCGGACAGAGUCUCUGCCCGGAGCCCGGCCGCUUGGCUGCCCUCCUGCGGUCCUCUCCUCCCUGAAAAUGCCGAGGGAAGCUCGUCUCCCUUCCCCUCGCCGUGGUGCUCCAUCCAGCCGGUGCAGAGGGUCGGCAGCUUCCCGGCUCUCCUGGAGGGAAGGAGCUCCUGGCAUGCUGUGUCCUGGCCGUGCUCGGAGGCGGGCGAGUGGCCCCUGGUGUGCCUGGGAGGACAGCUGCCCCGCCGCAGGAUUGCUGGCAUUCCAGCAGAACAAUCGCAGCUCUCCACAGCCGACCCUGCGCCGCUCCGUGCUCGGCUGCCUCACUCUUGGCCCUGCCGGGGUGGCACCGGCCCGGUGACCUCAGCGCAGCCAGGGACAGAUCCCUUCCCCGGGGGAUCGCCCGUGUUUCACAACGUCGGCUGUGUCCAGACCCGUCCUGCAGACCCGAUCGCUCUCUUCCCUCCUGCUUCCUCACUGUGGUGGCUGGGCUGUUUCUCCCAUGACUCUCUGCGUCUAGACCUGGCUGUCCCGUGCCUUUGCCAAUCAAACCUGAGCUUCCUCCUCUAACAGGAAGGAGCUGUGGAGCCAGGGCCAUCUCCCCAUCUCUUACCACACCAAGGAGGAGGGAGCAGAUAAGUGACAGGGCCCUCUCCCUCCGCCCUUCCCUGGAGGAAGCGGUGGGAUAUGGGUCACUUCUUGUUCUUCAGGAGUGUCCCCUGCCCCACCCCAGGGACAUGCCCUCCCCUCCUGCACUUCCUGCCCACAGCUUUUCCUUACCCAUGAGGUUUUCCCUCAGCCCACAGCAGCUCUUCUGAACCUGGCUCAGCCCCACCUGUUUGGUGUGCUGGGGGGAGCUUCUGGCCCCACAGUGACAUUUUUCCAGGCUUUAACGCUGGGGCAGUUUGCAUCUGAGUCCUGCUCCAGGACCCUCUUGCCAGCUCUCUGGUGAUGGGUGGGAGCGGGUGUUAAUGCCGUAAGAUUUUUUUUUUUUUUUCCCCCCUGUUCUGAAAAUCUGUCUUAAUGAAAUCAGUCUCUUCUGACCCCUCUUCUCUCCUCCUUUCCUCCCCCAAAAUC